UCUCCCCAGCCACCCCAUUUAACCCCCUGUCAACCGUAGCGCGUUCCGUCGCGACAGCUCCAUUUUCUGCUCGCGUCGAGGGGAGAGCAAUCUUUCUUCUUUUCCCCCAUUAAACACCUAGCCAACCUCCCGGAUUUGUACAUACUCUCUCUCCUUGCAUUCCUGUGACACCCUCCUUUCUGCUCUAUCCGUCAACAACCACCAUUGCCCACCCACCCCCUUCCUGCAGGUUACGCAUAAUACAUCUACAACACCCAAUCGCCGGUUCCUUCCUCCGCCCUCUUUUUGCAUCGCGCAAACUCAAUUCUCGGAGCCAAUCCUCUCGUCGCGCAAAACCAUCUCCAGCUUGAAUCGCAAAGAGCCAUUCGCUAGCUUUUGCGCAAAACCAACCGACUCGCGGCCUUCCCGUCGGGUUUAAUCGUUAAUACCCUCCCACCGAAAAAGAAAAAAAUGCCACCUCAACAAGCCGGCCGUCGCCCCAGUCGCCCUUCAGGAGCAGGAAGGCAAUCCAAUGUUCAGCCAGGCGAUCCAGUCCCCCAAGGCCGCAAGCGCCGCUAUCGCCCAGGCACCCUCGCCCUGAAGGAAAUUCGCAGAUAUCAAUCAAACACCGAUCUCCUCCUGCUCAAGCUUCCAUUUGCGCGAUUGGUCCGCGAAAUAGCCAUCACCUGCCGCCCCAUGAACGACGAACUCCGCUGGCAAUCCCAAGCCAUCCAAGCCCUCCAAGAAGCCUCCGAGGCUUUCCUUGUCCACCUCUUUGAAGACACCAACCUCCUCGCCAUCCACGCCAAGCGGGUAACCAUUAUGCAAAAGGACCUGCAGCUUGCGAGGAGGAUAAGAGGUAUUUGGGGCGGGGCGGGGUGGGUGUAAAUCAUCAGUCUUCUGUUACGAUAUUCUAUUUUGGUGAUUUCAAACUUUCGAUUAUCGGCCGGUGCUGGAGUGAGCUGGGUUGAGUUUGAGAAAAGGGGGAGUUAGCCCACCACCAUCCUUUGGGGGACCCAGACUUCUCUCAGACUAUCCUGGAUUGCGGAUUUCACCCAAGCUCCCGGACGACUUUGCGGUUCUUUUUUGGGCUGCAUACCAUCGCUUUUUUUCUUUGGACGACCGCAUACCCGAUACUUACUUGCUCUGUCAUUUUUUGAGCAUUUCCCGUCAACUCAAAGCCACCCAGUUUUCGGGUAGGUAACCCUUUAGCAGCACACAGGGAGAAAUGAUCAUGCGCAUAAGGGUUUGCAGCUGGACGAAAGAGCAAAAUGAUGGUCACAUCUUGUUCACGGAAACUGUUUUCGUGUCUCGUGGGGGAAGAGCUGUGCAAGAAGGAAGGUGGAAUGAAGGGGUUAUUAUAUCUGGAGACGGAUAUGCUGCUUGCAACAAAACACCCGAGCCAAGGGUAACGUCGUUCUUUGGAGUUUUUGGUUUGCUUGUCAGAGUUGCAUUUUUCAUCAUGUUUUCCCCACGACUAUAUAGGGAAACCAGCGAGAGAGAGAAGAGAAAGCGUGUGCGAUACCACUAGGUGUAUUCUAUCAUGUGGCGGCGUCUUGGGACCUGGUCUCUGGUCGGUUGGGCUGGCUGGCUGGCUGGCUGGCUGGUUGUCGGGUAGAAUUAGCAAGAAGACAGGUUACGGCCUCUUCUGUUUUGUUGUCUUUGUAAGAGGAGAGGGGUAUAAUAUCAGUCACGCACAAAUUCAACCAAAAAAAUACCCCGUCUCAAAGUUGGUCGUCAAAUCGUCUAGAUAUAUUAUGCAAAUAAGGAGGGAG